UGAUCCAUAAUGUGGUGGACGGAACAUAUACUAUGGUGUGGUUCGUCAGCUGAUGUCUUACUGUUGAUGAACAACGUUCCUUCCUUUACUAAAAACUUUUGUGAUUUUAUUUUCUUCCAAGACAAACAUUAUGGCACUUCAUUCCGCAGGGAAGGGUAAGCUUUUAGCAGUGAUUGGCGACGAGGACACUUGUGUGGGUUUUUUAUUGGGUGGAGUUGGAGAGAUUAAUAAGCAUCGUCAACCUAAUUUUAUGGUUGUUGACAAAAAUACAGCAGUGAGUGAAAUAGAGGAUACUUUUAAGCGAUUUAUCAAGCGUGAUGAUAUUGACAUCAUUCUUAUUAACCAGAAUGUAGCUGAAAUGAUUCGUCAUGUAAUUGACAGUCAUACUCAACCGAUACCUGCUGUAUUGGAAAUUCCAAGCAAGGAUCAUCCAUAUGAUGCCAGCAAAGAUUCCAUUUUGAGACGCGCUAAGGGAAUGUUCAAUCCAGAAGAUAUUCAUUAAUGUAAAUGUGGUGUUAAUAUGUGUUACUUCAAGUGUGUACAAUAAAAUAGAAUUAUUUGUUUAGUUAUUACAUUCCAUGUAUCUAUCUUUGUUAAUCAGUAAAAGUGAUGUAACAUUGUUAACAUAUUUUCAUAAAUGAAAAGUAAUAGAUGAGAUGGCUAGCUCUUUCUCAUUAUUUUAAAUUCUAUGUGUUUUUUGUGAAUGUAUACAAUACAAAAUAUGUACAAUACAUAAAUGUAAUCAAUAUAUUAAUAAAAGUGUGUGAAAGCUUUA